CAACUAAAUGGCUUAUCAGAGAUGAUAUACGGAGUGUUAUGUCCAGAACGGUUUGUGGAAAGUCUGCUUUUGAACUUUGGGGUCAUGGAACAACAACAGAUGAGCUUAAGAUGUCGUUGUUGGAGUAUCCAGCAGAAAAAAUGGCUCCAUAUCUACAAAAAAAUUCUACUUAUAAGAUCAAUGUCUACACUUUCAACAAAACGUUAGUGUUUAAGGACAGAAUCGAAAAGAUUGAUGCUCUAGACUUCUUGCCGUUUAAAGGGACAGUCAAUCUAAAGGAUCCGGAACAUAUUUUCUGUUUGCUGGAGGAUUAUGGCUCUGAUCCUUAUGACAUCCCAGAGGAGCCUUUCCAUAUGUAUUUUGGCAGAUGGAUUGCAGAUGGACAGAGAGAAUUAAUUCGCUCUUACAGUGUGAAGAAGAGACAUUUCAUCGGGAACACUAGUAUGGACGCUGGCCUCUCCUUCUUUAUGGCCAAUCAUGCCAAAGUAAAGGCUGAUGAUUUGGUUUAUGAUCCAUUUGUUGGAACAGGUAGUCUUCUGGUAGCUUGCUCGCGCUUUGGGGCUUAUGUAUGUGGGACAGACAUUGAUUAUAACACUAUCCAUGGAGUAGGAAAAGCCAGCAGGAAGAAUCAGAAAUGGAGAGGACCGGAUGAGAACAUCCGAGCAAACCUGCGGCAGUAUGGGACUGAGAGUCUGUAUGUGGACGUCAUGGUGUCUGAUGCUUCCAAAACUGUUUGGAGAAAAAAUGCACAGUUUGAUGCCAUUGUUACAGACCCUCCAUAUGGUAUUCGUGAAUCCACAAGGAGAACGGGAUCUCAUAAAGAUAUCAUCAGACCUACUGAGGACUUCUCUGGAGAGAGUCACGUCCCUGUUUCAAUGGCUUACCACCUGAGUGAUAUCUUUGCCGACCUCUUGAAUUUUGCAGCCCUCCACUUGGUUUUAGGUGGACGUCUUGUCUAUUGGCUUCCAAUCUACAGACCUGAGUACUGUGAGGAGAUGGUGCCUCUGCACCCCUGUUUGACUCUCAUCAGCAACUGUGAACAAACUCUGUCCAGCCACACGUCACGAAGACUCCUCACCAUGGAGAAGACCAAGGAGCCCGAGGAUUCAGACGGACUAGCACACCUUGCUGACCCUCGCUUCACCCUGUACCAGGGUCACAACUCUUUCAGAGAGAAAUACUUCUGUGGUCUCACCAAGAAGAAUGGAAAGGACAGCAAAGCCUCCCCAGGAAAUAAAGAUUAAAACAUGAAAAGAAUGGUUUCAGUUCUAUUUUUAUUUAGAUAUUCAUUUAUUUAAUUUUCUUUUUAUAACAUCGUUGUAUUUUAAAUGUUUGGGUUUGGGUUUUUUUUCAAUAAAAACCCUUUUAUCAUUCGUCUCCACUACUUUUUAUCUUUCUUUUCUCUAAAGCGAUGCCAGACGCAAUUUAAUUUAUUGCAGCAUUAGCGAUAUGGGUUCAAGAUAUGGGAUUAGUGUAAUACUUGUUUCUCUGAGUGCUUGCAAAGUAGAAAGAUGAAGGGGUGUAAUGUAAAUUGCCUACUGGACAUUUGCAGUGGAAGAUGGAGCGCUGGCCCUGCUAUCUAAACUGCCUUAAGUGUUUAUACAAAGUCAGGUAGACAUCUGAAUAAUGAAUCGGUCUUGGACUUAAACUCACCUCAAAGAGAGCCGUCUAGUUCAACAUAAAUAAAAUCUCCUAUGAAAAUAAGAGGGUGAUCUUUUUACAGGGAUUUGGGCAGAUAUUUAA